AUGAAUUUCAAUAUUGGAAGCUCAUUUGAGUCAUCAUACUCUGAUGGUGAAAAUGAUGAUGAUGCAAAUCUAAUUAAUGACAAUGAGGCGAUUAAUGCAAAAGAAACACUAAUCACCAUGAAUGCAAACAACAACAUCUGCAUGAGAAAAGAUGGCAUGGGCAAACUUGGGUUGUCUAGUCUUCAAAGAAUCAUUGCCAUGUUUCAGAUGUUAGCAUAUAGCGUCCCAGCAGAUGUUGUUGAUGAGUACAUAAAAAUAGGAGAGUCUACAACUAUUGAAAGUUUUAAGAGAAUCUGUCGUGUAAUUGUGGAAGUUUUUGCUGAGCAAUAUCUAAGAUCAUCUAACACAAAUGACGUUUCUAAGCUACUCCAUGUUGGUAAACAACUUGGUUUUUCAGGAAUGUUGGGCAGUCUAGACUGCAUGCACUGGAAGUGGAAAAAUUGUCCAACAACUUGGGCAAGACAAUAUGCUAGUCGAAGUGGGCACCUAACUAUUAUUUUCGAAGUUGUAGAUGAUUAUGGCAUUUGGAUAUGGCAUGCAAAUUUUGGUUUACCAAGUUCCAAUAAUGACAUUAAUGUGUUGGAGGCAUCCCAUCUCUUUUCCAAUCUCUCUUCAAGUAUUGCUCCUCGUGAUCAUUAUGUUAUUCAAGGAAAAGAAUAUAACACAGAUUAUUAUUUAGCUGAUGGUAUAUACAUGAAAUGGUCUACUCUUGUACAAACUAUCCAUGAUCCACGGGGCACUAAAAAUAAAUAUUUUUCCAUGAAACAAGAAUCAUGCCGAAAGAUAUAG